CAUUUCGUGUGGUUCAUCCAGAUUUGCAAAAUCACCGCAGGGCGCAUUAAUUCUGGCGCGUGUAGCUGUUCUGCUGCGCUGUUCUUAAAACCGAUAAGCUAUGAUAUGGUACUUGCUUCUCAGUGCUACGAUAUCCUUGCCUUUUGGAGCAUCUCAUCCAGAACGUGUCAACAAUACAACGAGGCCCCCCCAUAUAAUUUUCAUCCUGGCAGAUGACCUUGGGUGGAAUGACGUCAGUUUCCACGGGUCACGACAGAUACCGACUCCAAACAUCGACGCCCUGGCAGUGAGUGGCGUCGUUCUACAGCGCCACUACUCAACCCCCACCUGCUCACCUUCACGGGCAGCUUUCCUGACAUCACGCUACCCGCCACGUGUCGGUAUGAACUAUUUGCCUUUGAAUGGUGCAUCGAAGGCCGCCCUCCCACUCCACUUCGAGGUGCUACCGCAGUGGCUAAAGAGACUUGGAUACAGCACUCACAUGAUAGGAAAGUGGCACCUUGGAUACAAAAGCCUCGAGUACACGCCAACUGGGCGUGGUUUCGACACAUUUUUCGGAUACUACAACGGUUUGGAGUACUAUUACAACCACUCGGCCCAAAAGGACGGGAACUGUGGACUGGAUUUCUGGCGCAACAUUGGUAGCGAAAUGAAAGCUGUCAUUGACCUCAACGGCACAUAUUCCACGCAUGCCUUCACCGAUGAAGCAAGGCGUAUCAUCGUUGCCCACGACACUAGAAAGCCCAUGUUUCUGUACCUGAGCUAUCAAGCCGUACACGCCAGUUGUGGGGACUGUACUGUAGAGGCACCGGAAGAUACCGUGCAACAAUUUUCUUACAUUGAAGCAUAUAACCGUACGCUUUAUGCAGGAGCAGUCCAUGAGUUGGACCGCUCAAUAGGUGAGGUGCUGGCCGCAUUGCAGUCCCGUGGUAUGCUCGCCGACAGCGUUGUCGCGUUUACCAGUGACAACGGAGCUGCACCGGUCAAGGGAGUCACCGCUGCGAACGCCGGCUCCAAUUGGCCUCUGCGCGGAGGGAAAGGAAGAGUGUGGGAAGGUAGCUUGCGGACGCCUGCAGUGUUCUGGCACGCUCGCCUGAGCGGUUCUUCACCACGGCCACCCUCCCAGCAGAUGAUGCACAUUGUCGACUGGGCGCCUACUUUCUACACCGCUGCAGGAGGACAACGUUUCGGAACUGUGUGACGUAGAUGGACAAGACCUGUGGGAGGCGCUUUCCUCCGGUAAAGUCACUGAACGCGGCGAUGUGAUUCUAGAAAUUGAUGGCCCAGAUCUGGCAUCGGCGAUUAUCUCUGGCAGUUUCAAGCUCGUUCAUCGUCCGGAGUCGGGAACUAAUGAAAUUCUUGACAGACAAUGGCCCCCACCGAAAGGCAGUCCCCGAGAAGAACUCGACCUGGACUCGCUCAUGGAAUCGUCCGAUGCCUGGCGAGCGCUACAGCAAAACUCCUUUGAUAACGAUCAUAGCAAUCGCACUGAACUCAAGAAGAACUGGCACAACGAUUUGAUUAUCGAAUGCAACAGCGACGAAGUAUCGGAAGGUGACCAGCCUGUCGGGAAGCACUUCGACCCUCACGAUACCGUCUUCUUGUUCGACGUAUUCAACGAUCCGUGCGAGCUGAAAAACCUCGCUUCGACUGAGUCUCAGUUGCGCGACAGGCUGCUGAAAAAGCUGGCCACAUACCGGGCUCACUUAUCCAAGCAACCACGUAAGCGGCGAGAGGGAUGAACGUGGUUAUCCGGAGAUCCAUGACUGCACGUGGUCAACCUGGCUGGAUGUCGAGCCAACGGAAACCCAGUGCUGUUCAUGCUGAUGGUCACCGUUGCACAAGAGAUAUCAAUCGUGCUUUUCCUUUUAAAGGAAGGUGUAAAAUAUGCGUACAAUUUUAUCCUAAUAACUCCCACGUUGUGAUGUUUAAAGGUAUAUGCUCUACAAA